GUCUGGUGUAGAGACCGAGAUCCAAAAAUGGGAACAAGAUUGGCAAGAGUGGAAGGUGUUUCAUCAUCAUCAACUGGCAAAACAAUCAAGAUUCCUGUUCUGGGUUUAGGAACUGCAGCAUAUCCUUUUGUUGCCUCUCAAACAGCCAAAGAAGCCAUUCUGAAUGCAAUCCAAGUUGGCUACAGACAUUUUGAUACCGCUGCUGUUUACCAGACGGAGCCAGUUCUCGGUGAAGCCAUCGCCGAAGCUCUUUCGCUUGGCCUCGUCGAAUCCCGGGAUGAGCUUUUCGUUACUUCCAAGCUUUGGUGCCCCGAUGCACAUCCUCACCUUGUCCUCCCUGCCAUUCACAAAACGCUCAAGAAUCUUGGAUUAGAAUACCUAGAUUUGUAUCUCAUUCACUAUCCGGUGAGUUUGGAGCCAGGAAGCUAUGACAUACCAGUUAGGAAAGAGCAUCUUCUUCCUAUGGACUUGAAGUCUGUGUGGGAAGCAAUGGAAGAGUGCCAGAAGCUAGGCCUCACCAAGUCCAUAGGAAUCAGCAAUUUCACAUGCAAAAAGAUCGAUAUGUUGCUUGCCACUGCAAAAAUCCCUCCUGCAGUCAACCAAGUGGAGAUGAACCCGCUAUGGCAGCAGAAAAGGCUGAGAGAGUUUUGUGAAAGAAAAGGUAUAAUCAUCACUGCCUACUCUCCGUUGGGAGCAAGAGGGACACCGUGGGGAUCAAAUGGAGUGAUGGAAUGUGAGACUCUCAAACAGAUUGCUGAAGCAAAAGGAAAAACUCUUGCUCAGGUUUGUCUGAGAUGGGCAUAUGAGCAAGGGGUGAGUGUGGUGGUGAAGAGCUUUAACAAGGAGAGGAUCAAAGAAAAUAUGGAUAUAUUUGAUUGGGAGCUGCUGCCUGAGGAACUGGACAAGAUCGAUCUGAUUCCACAAAAGAGAGGAUGCCUCUCAACCGACUUCGUUUCAGAACAUCAUGGCCCUUUCAAGUCUCUUGAAGAGCUUUGGGAUGGAGAGUAAGUGAUCGAUAUUAUAGUCUCAGUCAAUUACAAUAUAUUGAUCAAACCGUGAUCGAUCGAGAUUCAUUAAUCCUCAAUACAGUUGUCGUUAGUACUUGUUUUUUCUAAUCAGAUCCAACUUUUGUUCGAUAAUGCUCGAAGCAAUAAGUAUGUCAACAUUAUAUAGAUGUAUAUGUUUAUCUUUUGUUUAUAUUGAUGCGAGUGACUGUUAAUGCAUCUAAUUGUAGUCAUUUUAUAAUGCUGGUGAUAUUAUACGCUCCUAGUUAAAAAGUUAUUCC